AUGCAGGUGGUUACAGACGUUCGCACGGCCAUGGAGGAGGACCCGGGGGACCCGGAGGCUCCGGCGACAAAUCGAGCGGUGGGGGUAGAGGCGGUGUUGCCGGCAAAGGCGGCGCUGUCGCCGCCGCCAAAUCCGGCGGCGCUGUCGCCGCCGCCAAAUCCGGCGGCGCUGCUGGUGCUGCUGCUGCGGCAGCUCCCCCUGCUGGAGCUGCUUCGGCGGACGGCAACGCCGCUGCCGGAGCGGCCGGAGCUUCCAGCGCAGCGGAAGGCGCAGGGAAGGCCGGGGAUGGCGGAGAUAGCGGAAGCGCGACGGCCGGCGCGGCGGGUCAAAGGGAAGCCUGGAAAAGGGGUAUGGGCGCAGGUGGUUAAGAGUGAGCCAGGCAAGGCCCGAACGCACCCCGGGCCUGAUGAGGGGUUAGCUUCGCUCGUGCGAGGUUCGGACGCAGCUGGAGACGCGCCGGCGAGUGCCGAGCCUGCGAAGCAGGCUGGGGGAAAGGCUGGUGGGGCGGAUACGAAAGCGGGGUCGGAAUCAGCGAAGCAGGACGGCGGGGAGGGUAAGGGUUCCAAAGGAGGGGGACAUGGAAAGAAGGACGGGAAGUCGGAUCAGAAGGAGCAGAAGGAUCAGAAAGAGGGGAAAGAGCCUAAGGAGCACAAGCCGCCGAAGCAGGCAUGGCGCAAGCACAACAGGGACGGCGAGAAGGGCGGGGCGGCGGCGGCCGCGGCGGUGGUAAUGGGCGCAGGCGCGACGGCGUGGCCUGCGCUUUCCGAGGCGGAUGCUGCUGCUGCGCGCGCGGCGGAAACCGGCAAGGGCGCGGGCGGAGAUGAUAAGGCGAAGCCUGCUGCUGGUCUCGCUAUAAUUGCAAACGAGGGCGACAAAUCGUCUGCUGCCACGUCAGACAAGCAGAGCGGCGCAGCGGCGGUUACAGCAGCAGACGCAGCCAGAAAGGCUGGCGCUGCUGACGUGGCAGUUGUGAGCGUGCGUGAGGUGAAUGGGGGGCAGUACAAGCGCGGGGGCCAUCAGGGGGGCGGGGGGGCGCACCAUGGCGGAAGAGGGGGAGGCGUGGGCGGAGGGGGAUACCAGAGGCGCGCGCAUGGGAGGGUGGUGGUGGUGGCGGACGAUCCCCCCCUCACGGAGUUCGUGGCUGCUGGGCCCAGAAGGUCCGCGGCUGCCAUGGCCAAUGGCAUGGGCGGCAGCUAUGGGUACCCCAUGGUCGUGGGAGCCAACGGCCCCUACUACAUGCAAUACCGCAUGCCGCCUGUCCCGGUUGACCCCAUGUCGGGCCUUCGCACCGCUCUCACAAAGCAGAUCGAGUACUACUUCAGCAUUGAGAAUCUCUGUCGCAACCUCUUCCUUCUAUCCAAGCUGGGUCUAGUUUUGAGGCGCCUCAAAACUAGUCCCCGAUCUGCCCCACUCCCCAUCAUCCACAUUGAGAAUCUCUGUCGCGACCUCUUCCUUCGGUCCAAGAUGGACGCUGAAGGGUUUAUUCACGUGGACGUAAUUGCGGCUUUCAACAGGGAGUCAUGUUUUGAGUCGACUCAAAACACGACGCAAAGCAUGCACUCUCUCUCAACAAGACCUCAUUGCUCACUUCCCUUGUCAGCUCCCAUGAGCAAUCCCUCGCCCAUGAGCAAUCUCUCGCCCAUGAGCUUCCUCGCCCUUUCCCCUUAUCCACUCCUUCCCCUCCCCCUGCUCCCUUCCAGUCUUACCCACUCCCCCCCUCCACCCCCCUUCCCCCAGGUGCGCAUGCUCACGCUAGACAAGGCCUUCAUUCUCAGCUGCCUUGCCAACUCCACGUCAGUGGAAGUGCAGGUAUGCGGGCGAGAAGCUGAGGAGCGCAGUGACUGGAGCAACUGGUUGCUGCCCACUGCUGCCCACUGCUGCCCUCUUUAUCUCCCCUCUGUUCCCCCUUCUCUCCCCUCCGCUCCCCACCUCUCAGGGCGAGAAGCUGAGGCGGGUGAGAAGCUGAGGCGGCGGAAUGACUGGAGCAACUGGCUGCUGCCCACGGGGCACAUGCAGGCUGUGGGUGAGAAGCUGAGGCGGCGCAGUGACUGGAGCAACUGGCUGCUGCCCACGGGGCACAUGCAGGCUGUGGUUUCCCACUCAGAGGACGCACCCAAGGCAGGAGAGGGAGGAGAGGGAGGAGAGGGAGGAGAGGGAGGAGAGGGAGGAGAGGGAGGAGAGGCAGGGAAGAAGGGAGGGGAGAAGGGGGAGGGGGAGAAGGAGGCUGCUGCUGGCGCUGACGAGGGGCAGGGAAAAGAUCCCGAAGGAGAGAAGAAGGAAACCCCCGACGCUGCUGCUGCCACUGGUGCUGCAGCCGCUGCUGAUGCCGCUGCUGAUGCUGCUGCUGGUGCUGCUGCUGGUGCCGAUGCAGCUCCCUCUUCCCCUGCUGCUACGCUCCUAUUCGCCCCUCGCAACAUCCCCUCAGCAGCAGAUGGGGAGGCUGAUGAUGAAGGGGAGGAGGAGGGGGGAGGGCAGCGGGCAAAUCGCGAAGGCACUCCUGCUAGGAGCGUUGGGAAGCGGCGCGGCAGCAGCGUGAAACGAGCCGCCUCUUCCGGCCGCUUCUCAGCUAGCAAGUCCGGAGGGCUUUCGGCCGCGUUUGCCGCCGAAGCUGCAGGUUCGGGGGGCCGAACCGAGGGGUUGGGUUCGCUGCCGGGCCUGGCUGGGAAGGUGGCUGCAGCGAUUGAGGAGGCUGGGAAGGGGGGGGAAGCGGGGAAGAGUAAGGAGGAGAGGGAGAGGGAGAAGGGGAAGAGGGCUGCAGAGGAGAGUGAGGCGUUGACUGAGGCGAGUGAAGCUGAGGACACGUUUCAGUUUAGCGGGGACGAGCUUGGGGAGGGGAAGAAGCGGGCCGGCAAGCCCAGGAGGAAGCAGCGUGCCAGGUCGGAGGAGGAUACAACAGACGACUCUGAUUUCAACGACGUGAAUCCCAGCCUCAAGAACCUCGUUAUUGUCACACAGAGGCGCCCGGGGCAGGGCAGUGCGUUUCAGCAGCAGCAGCGUGGCGGUGUGAGGCGCAGUCAGGGCAGGGAGGAUGGGGCGAGUGGCAGCAGCUACGAGGGCGGGUCGUCGUUGGGUCCCAACUACCGCGCCAGCAGGCUGUCAGCGGAGAAGGGCGAGCAGUCAGGGACGGACGGGGAGGGGCCUGGCAGGUUCCACGUGGGCAGUCAGGGCAGCAACGGCAGUCCAGACAACUUCAGCUCGCACGUUGCCCGCGGCCCCAGGGCCCGCCACCCCCAGCAGCAGCGCGCCUCCUGGACACCCGGCAUCGCCCACAUGACUGCAGCCGCCGCUGCCGCCGCCGCCGCAGCAGGAGGAGCGGCAGGAGCAGCAGGAACGGUGGGAGGAGUGGGAGCGGUAGGGUUGGGGGCAGGAAGGGCGCAGCCGGUGCCUGUGUGGCGGCCGGGGCUGGGGGGGCUGCCUCCGAAUGCGGUGGAGCUGGGCGGCAGCAGUUGGCGGAGCACCAGCAGCUUUGGAUCGCCACAGCUCAUGGCGUUUUACUUUGGAGCCACUCCCCCCGGCUCCUACAGGGCGCAGCCGGUGCCUGUGUGGCGGCCGGGGCUGGGGGGGCUGCCUCCCAAUGCAGUGGAGCUGGGCGGCAGCAGUUGGCGGAGCACCAGCAGCUUUGGAUCGCCACAGCUCAUGGCGUUUUACUUCGGGGCCACUCCCCCUGGCUCCUACAGUGGUUCAGCUGCUUCCUCCCUCUCUAGCUCCUGGGGCAUGCCUGCUGGGCUGGCCAUGCUUCUACCUCUCGCUCUACCCCUGCUCACUCCUCUAUACCCCUCUCUCUUACCCUGCCUCACCCCUCUGCACCGCAGUGGUUCGGCGGCCUCUUCCCUGUCUAGCUCCUGGGGCAUGCCUGCUGGGCUGGCGAUGCUUCACCAGCAGCAGCAGCAGGGGGAGAAGAAGGAGAAGGAGAAGGAGGAAGGAGCAGGGAGACAGGCAGGGGACGCAAAAGAAGGCGAGAAGAAAGACAGCGAGAAGGAGGCAGAUGCAGGGAAGGAGGGUGUGAAAGAGAAGGACCAGAAGCGGGGCAAGGGGGGAGGACUCCUGAGCCCACCCAAGGGCGUCACUCCCCUCCCCUUCGCCCCUGGUUCUGCCCCUACGGAUAGUACUCCUCCUUCUACAAGAGGUGUCUCAAGUGUACUCCUCAUUCUACAAGAGGUGUCCCGUUUGUACUCCUCAUUCUACAAGAGGUGUCUCAAGGAGCGCAAGAAGCUCGGCAGCGGCCGCUCUGAGGAGAUGAACACGCUGUUCCGCUUCUGGUGCUACUUCCUGCGCAAGAACUUCAACCAGCAGAUGUAUGACGACUUCAAGAGGCUCGCCACGGAGGACGCGGCUUCCAAGUAUUAUUACGGCAUGGAGUGCCUCUUCCGCUUCUACAGCUAUGGGCUGGAGUCCAAGUUUGAGGAGCCCAUGUAUGUCGACUUUGAGCAGCUGACUCUGGACAUGUACCAGCGGGACGGGAACCUCUACGGGCUGGAGAAGUACUGGGCGUACCACUUUUAUCGCAAGGACAAGGACACGCGGGAAGUCAAGAAGCACCCCGAGCUCGAGAAGAUUCUCACCGAGAAGUUCCGAACCAUGGCUGACUUCAGGGCCGCCAAGGAUGCUCAGAAACGCGCCCUGGCUGAAGCCCAGGCCAAGGCGAAGGGAGAGAAAGUGGGUGGGGAGAAGGGGGGAGGGGAGAAGGGGAAGGAGGAAAAGGUGGAGGGAGGGAAGGAGGGGAAGAAAGAGGGGGAGGAGGGAGGGGAGGGGAAGAAGGGAGAGGGGGAAGGCGCUGCUGCUGCAGAGGGAGAAGGAAAGGGGGAGGAUGGGGGGAAGGAGGGUGCUGUAACGGAUAAGGCAGGGGAUGGCAGAGCAGGAGCAGCAGCAGAGACAACAUCAUAG